GAGGAAGAAACCAGAAAGACGGAGGGGAAGUAGCGGUGGCUCCCAUCCCCGCAGUCUCUUAGGCUGAGCGGGUGUUGGGCCGGGCGGCCGCCGAACUCUACGAGCCACGCUGGCUGCGCAUGGAGCCGAGGACUCGCGCGGAGGCGGGAUGCUCCCGGCCGGCGAGAUCGGCGAGGCACCGGCAGCCCCGUGCUGUUCUGAAAGUGGUGACGAAAGGAAGGACGUCGAGGAGAAAAGUGACAUAAAUAUUACAGCUCUUGUUGGAAAUGAACAAGUCAAUGAAGAUACAGAUAAUGGUGAUCUCCCUUCUUACGUGUCUGCAUUUAUAGAAAAGGAAGUUGGAAAUGACCUUAAAUCUUUAAAGAAACUUGAUAAACUCAUAGUACAGAUGACAGAAAAUAAAAUGCAGUUAGAAGAACAGGUACUUACGAUUUCAUCAGAAAUCCCUAAAAGAAUUCAGAGUGCCUUAAAAAAUGCAGAAGAAUCAAAACAAUUCCUUAAUCAGUUUCUAGAGCAAGAAACUCAUCUCUUCAGUUCCAUUAACAGCCAUUUGCUGACUGCACAGCCCUGGAUGGAAGCUCUCGGGGCCAUGAUCAACCAGAUUGAAGAAAUUGAGCGCCAUCUUGCUUACCUUAAAUGGAUUUCACAAAUUGAAGAACUAAGCGAUAACAUUCAGCAAUAUCUGAUGACCAAUAACGUCCCAGAGGCAGCCUCUACUCUCGUGUAUAUGGCAGAACUUGACAUCAAGCUUCAGGAAUCAUCUUGUACUCAUCUUCUUGCUUUCAUGAGAGCCACUGUUAAAUUCUGGCAUAAGAUCCUCAAGGACAAACUUACAAGUGAUUUUGAGGAAAUUUUGGCCCAACUUCAUUGGCCGUUCAUCACACCCCCCCAGGCUCAAACUGUUGCCCUGAGUCGACCAGCCAGUGCCCCUGAGAUAUACACUAACCUGGAGACACUGUUUUGUCAGCUUCUGAAACUACAAACCUCAGAUGAAUUACUUACUGAGCCAAAGCAACUUCCAGAAAAAUACUGUCUUCCUGCAUCCCCAUCUGUCGUUCUGCCCAUCCAGAUUAUGCUGAUGCCCCUUCAGAAGAGGUUCAGGUAUCACUUCAGAGGGAACCGACAGACGAAUGUUAUAAGCAAGCCUGAAUGGUACCUGGCUCAGGUACUUAUGUGGAUCGGGAAUCACUCUCAGUUUCUAGAUGAGAAGAUUCAGCCAAUAUUAGACAAAGUGGGCCCUUCGGUAAACGCUAGGCUCGAAUUUUCCCGGGGCCUUAUGAUGCUCGUUCUUGAGAAGUUAGCUGCUGAUAUUCCGUGUUUGCUCUAUGAUGACAAUCUCUUCUGUCAUUUGGUGGAUGAGGUGCUUUUGUUUGAAAGGGAGCUACACAGUGUUUAUGGCUAUCCUGGGACUUUUGCCAACUGUAUGCACAUUCUAUCAGAGGAAACCUGUUUUCAGAGAUGGUUGACUGUGGAGAGAAAAUUUGCUCUUCAAAAAAUGGACUCAAUGCUUUCAUCAGAAGCUGCCUGGAUAUCCCAAUAUAAGGAUAUCACCGAUGUGGAUGAGAUGAAAGUUCCAGAUUGUGCAGAGACUUUUAUGACGCUACUACUGGUGAUAACUGACAGAUAUAAAAAUCUUCCCGCAGCUUCCAGAAAGCUACAGUUCCUGGAGUUACAGAAGGACUUAGUAGAUGAUUUUAGAAUACGAUUAACUCAGGUGAUGAAAGAAGAGACUAGAGCUUCCCUUGGCUUUCGAUACUGUGCAAUUCUCAAUGCUGUGAACUAUAUCUCAACAGUACUAGCAGAUUGGGCUGACAAUGUGUUCUUCCUACAACUUCAACAGGCAGCACUGGAGGUCUUUGCAGAGAAUAACACCCUCAGUAAGUUGCAGCUGGGACAGCUAGCCUCGAUGGAGAGUUCUGUCUUUGAUGACAUGAUUAACCUGCUGGAACGUUUAAAGCAUGACAUGUUGACCCGCCAAGUAGACCAUGUUUUUAGAGAAGUUAAAGAAGCUGCAAAAUUAUAUAAAAAAGAAAGGUGGCUGUCCUUGCCGUCGCAGGCCGAGCAGGCGGUGAUGUCCCUGUCCAGCUCGGCCUGCCCACUCCUGCUCACCAUCAGAGACCGCUCCCUUCAGCUGGAGCAGCAGCUCUGCUUUUCCUUGUUUAAAAUUUUCUGGCAAAUGCUUGUGGAGAAGCUGGAUGUAUACAUCUACCAAGAAAUCAUUCUUGCUAAUCACUUCAAUGAAGGAGGAGCGGCUCAGCUGCAGUUUGAUAUGACCCGGAAUCUCUUCCCCUUGUUCUCCCACUAUUGCAAGAGACCGGAAAAUUAUUUUAAACAUGUAAAAGAAGCCUGUAUUGUUUUGAACCUGAACGUUGGUUCUGCCCUACUUCUGAAAGAUGUGCUGCAGACCGCUGCAGGACGACCUUCCGCCACAGCGGCACUAAACGAAGUUGGAAUUUACAAACUGGCUCAACAAGAUGUUGAGAUUCUACUUAACCUGAGGACAAACUGGCCUAACACUGGAAAGUAAUGCAUCUUUUUUUGUUUUGGAGUUUUUGUUUUUGUUUUUAACAAAGAGGAAGCCAGCUGGAUUUCAAGGUAUAUGAUGACAUUCUGAAUUAAUGAAACUGGACAACUGAAAACUAUUUUAUAGAAUCAUUUAUUAUCUUGGACUUAUGGUGUUAUUAAAAUGCUGACCAUAUUUCCUCAGUCCUCUUGUUCCUAAGAAAACAAAAACAGAAAAUUCAGAAGCCAGGAAAACUCAGAGUAAUUCCAUUUACAAAUAGAAAUGCUAAGUAUGUCUGUUGAAUAAGAUACAAGAGCAGAGAUAAUAAAUCACAACGAGUUUUCAAUUUCCUUUGCUAAUUAAGGGAGACUAUUGUAGAUAAUCAAACACAGCAAAUAAAUUUUUAAAAGAUCAAUUUAGAAUGCAUGUUUAUAAUUGAAGUUCCUGUAUUUGGCUUGGAAAUUCACUGUAUUUCCUGUAAGAAAACAUAUGAGAUGGUGACUAAAACAGAAUUGCUCUCAUUUUCCACAAAUGUCCUUACAUUUAAAAUCCUUCCUAUGGGCGCCUAGGUGGCUCAGUCGGAUGAGCGUUGGACUCUUGGUUUCAGCUUAGGUCACGAUCUCAGGGUUGAGAGAUCAAGCCCCGUGCAUUGGGCUCCACACUCAGUGGGGAGUCUGCUCACGAUUCUCGCUCUCCCUCUCGCUCUGCUGCCCUACCCCCGCACGCUCACUCUCUCUCAUAAAUAAAUAAAUCUUUAAAAAUAAAUAAAUAAAAUCCUUCCUAGCUCCAUUCCCUAUGACAGUGGGCAGCCUUUUCUUUUGGAUGAAACAUUUCAGGCCAGAGCACUGUGUUUCAGUCUUUCCCCCGGGGUAGGGAUGGGAACUAAACAGUUUUUGUUUAAUAUUUAUGUAAGUGAUAAUGAGACGGGAAUCUUUAGCUUUUUUUCCCCCUCCGACUUUUCCUUGCCUCUGGACUCUGUUACAUAAUGAUUUCUUGAUUAAUAAAUCCUCAGAGAACAAAAUAUUUAAAGGAAUUGAGUUACAUUGUUAGAAGCCUACAACUAUUAAAUUUCAUUCCUUUUUUUAUUCUGACUUAGCAUUUAGAUAGUACUUUUCAAGCUAUAAUGCCUCAAAUCGAAAAUUGUCAGGCUGGCAUGCAACCUGGUUUUUUUUGGGUUUUUUUUUUUUGAAGUAAGCUCUGUGCCCAACAUGGGGCUUGAACUCACGACCCCAAGAUAAAGAGUCACAUGCUCUACUGACUGAGCCAGCCAGGCGCCCACAACCUAUACUAUCGAUAAACAUGUACUUGGUGAUAAAUAACCAAGGAAAUACUCUGAGAGAACCUUUAUUGCUCCAUAUCUUAUAGAGAGAUUUUCCAACUAGUGUAUUGAGUUCAAAGCUUUUCUGUUAGUUCUAGCAGACUGGGGCUUCUCUCCCUCAUUCUUUGAGAACUGCUGGGCUUUCCCACUGAGAAAAGAAUGAAGCUGCCCCCAAACUGCCUAAUUCCAGACUUGACUGUCACUCCUUGCUUUCUAGACAGCUGAAAGUUUCAAGGGAAUGAAAUGUUUCUGUCAAAAGGUAGGUAUUCAUUGUACUUCAAAGUCAUGUCCUGUCAUUUAAAUAUCAGCCAUGUAAAAAUAAACUUACACUUCAGCUCUGAA